GCCGCCGCCGCCAUGUCGCUCGUGAUCCCAGAGAAGUUCCAGCACAUCCUCCGAGUCCUCAACACCAACAUCGAUGGGCGGCGGAAGAUCGCCUUUGCCAUCACCGCCAUCAAGGGGGUGGGCAGGCGUUAUGCCCACGUGGUGCUGAGGAAAGCAGACAUCGACUUGACCAAGAGAGCCGGGGAGCUGACCGAAGAUGAGGUGGAGCGCGUCAUCACCAUCAUGCAGAACCCGCGGCAGUACAAGAUCCCCGACUGGUUCCUCAACAGGCAGAAGGAUGUCAAGGACGGGAAGUACAGCCAGGUCUUGGCCAACGGGCUGGAUAACAAACUUCGUGAGGAUUUGGAGCGUCUGAAGAAGAUCCGGGCUCACCGAGGCCUGCGCCACUUCUGGGGCCUGCGUGUCCGGGGUCAACACACCAAGACCACCGGCCGCCGUGGCAGAACCGUCGGCGUCUCCAAGAAGAAGUAAAAAAUCUUUAUGUGCA